UUUUUUUUUUUCAUCAUCAAAUAUUAUUUUUGUUUGAAGUGUGGCACUUAACCAAUACUAUCGCACACACCCACACACCUGUACAAAUAUUAAACCAAUUGAAACAGAAAUAGCUAAAUAGAGUGAGACCAAUUAAAUAAUCUGUCAAAAAGUUUAUUUAUUAAAAAGAGACAAACACAAUCUUUUUUUUCUUCAAAAUUUCCCCACAUCCUCACUUAACAAGAAAGAGAUAACAAUUUUUAAUUGACAUUCAGCCCAUUCCAUUCUCACUUACUCAAAGCUAAGAGAAGAAGAAAAAAAAAAUAUAUAUACGAAUGGCGAGUUGCAGUCCUUAGUACGCAAAUACGUGUGUGUUGCUUUUUGAUUAAAUUCACCAAAAAUCUAAAACUAAAAAAUCCCAAAUACAAAAAAACAGAAAAUAAACACCAAAACAUCUAAAAUCCCCUAACUAACUGUCUUAUUUAUUUAGUUUUAUACUCAAUAAAACAAAUAUAUACACCAACAAAAAUAUGUAAUUUGUUGUUUUUUUUUUUUGUUUCUAUUCUUCUCCCAGAAAAUAAAAACGAAAACAAUCCGCAAGGGAAGAUGUAUAAAUGGUGUGCUGUGUGCCGAAUGUGUGUACAUGUGAAUGGAUAAAUUAAAUAAUACAAAAAAAUAAAAAAGAAGAAAGAUUCCCACUUUAAGAGAACUGCAACAUAAAAUUUAAUUAAAAAAAAAAAAAAAACCAAAAACAUCCUGAAUAUUUAUAAUAAAUUUAACAAUUUGAUUUGAAAGAAAAUCAGUGAAACGGACAGAGUCUUGUCUUAACUUUUCGUGUGAUUUUGAAUUGAUGAAGUUUUAACACACAAGACAAACGAAAAAAAACCUUAAAAAAAUACCUGGAAUUCUUUAUUACAAAAAUAUGAUGAGAGUUCUAUCGUCAUCAUUAUCAUCAACAUCAUCUACAUCACCACCAUCAACUAUAAUAGGGCUCCUUGGGAAAAGGACAUACAGCAACAAUGUUAUCGAAUAUGAUAAUUAAUUUACAACAUAAACAACAACAUUUUUCGACUAAUUUUACCUCGUUGAAAAUUCCAAAGUUGUAGAUGAACACUUACACAGAAAAAUUUAUAUAUAUAUAAAAAAUACAAAAUAGAAUAAGAAGAACUAAGGAAAAACAAACGUCAUUCCAGCGAUACAACCAUUUAGCUAUGAGCACAUCAUCAUCAUUGACAACAUCAUCGAGUGGUAGUAAUUCAUUAUCAUCUUCAGUAUCAUCUACACCAUUUUUGCUAUCCGCCGAAGGAGGAGUAACCACAGCAUCAGUGGUUGAAUCAGCAUCAGCAGUGUCGCAGGUACAAACUCAAGGAGGAACUGGAUCGCCACGUCAAGUACAAACUGGGGGGGCUACAACACCCCAGCAACAGCAACAGCAACAAGUGACACCAGGAGGAGGAAUCUUUGCAUCUGGAUGCGAGACUUCAAUAGGAUUAAAUGGUUUGCUGUUAGGAAGCAACAACACAAACAACAACAACAACGAAGAAGUUGCUAUAAAUCAAAAUAGCAAUAGCAACAGUAGCAAUAGCAGUGUUAACAGUUGCAAUAGCACCAACAAUAGUACUGGUAGUAAUAAUAGCACUGGAACAAUUGCGGCCAAUCGUAUUGUCGGCAAUUGUAUGUCAUUAGUUGGUCCAUUAACACCAUCACAAUUCAGUGGAGGGGAAGGCGUUGGUGGUGGAUGUAUUGGAAAUUCAGGCGAAGCAGCUAAUAAUAAUAAUCAAAAUAGCAACGACGGACAGUGUGGUAUAGGGAUAGGAGAGAAUAAUAACAAUAAUAACAUAAAUAACGAAGGCAACGGCUCACCAGGCGGUGGUGGCGGUGGAGACGAAUCAGCAAAUGUUGUUAGUUUGUCUCAAUUGAAUCAGCAUCAACAGCAGGAGCAUCCAUUAACAGCACCUUCAAAUGGAACAGCACUUAACACAACAAUUACCACAAAUGCAUCAUCAUCACUGACACCAACCAACAACAACAACCCAACUGUGGGUGGUUCAGUUGUUGCUACACCAGCUGCAGUUCUAUCAUCUUUGUCAACUUCAUUAUCUUUAGCAUUGGCAUCAUCAUCGUCAUCAUCAUCUUCAUCGUCAUCUUCAUCAUCGUCUUCUUCGUCAUCUUCAUCGUCGUCAUCGUCAUCAUCACAGGCGGCUUCACCGCCACCAAUUCAUCCUCAUCAUCAUCAUCCUCAUCCGUCGAUAACACCACCAAUAUCUGUUUUGCCACACAAUGCCGUUGUUGGUACCACUGCGGUAACACAUCCGUCUCUAAUUGGCUCUGUUUUACAAUCAGCGACAGUGUCAACGCAUAAUCCAAAUCAACUACUGGUGUCUCAUCUUAGUACCAGCAAUAGUAACCAAGGCAUUGUCAAAAUGAAUGUAACGCCAAGUUCAGCGCCAAGCGGUGGCAGUGGCAGUGGUAGUGGUGGCAAUGGUAGCACAAGUCAAGGAGCUACACCGCCACAUGGUUUGAAUACUCAAGGAGGACCUGGAUCUGUUGGACAGACAUCAUUGUCAUCACCAUUACAACAACAACCAUCCACUCCAAUGGUUAUAAAAGAGGAACUACACCCACAACAUACCCCGCCAUCAUCUGCAAAUGGAUCGGAAGGUACAUCAUCAAACUUGUUUGGUGAUUCUAGCAAAAAAGUGAAAUUAGAGGACGAUAGCACUGCUUUGGAAAGUGCUACUGGAAAUAACAAUUCCAUUCCGACAUUUGGUGAUCCUCAUAAUUCACCCAACGGUUGUCUGACUUCCAAUGCCUCCACACUGAGUACUGGUUCAAUGGCAAUAUCAGCUGCUGGUGGAAGUGAGAACAGCAAUGGCAGUAAUGGUAGCGCUGGAGGUAAUCCCAAUGCAAAUAGUGGUGUUGGAAUAGGUUCAAACACUGUGCAACCAAUGCAUGUGGGAGACAAAUCUGGAGCUGAAACAAUGGAUGAGAGUUUUUUUUCUGUUGGUGCUGUUAAAGAUGAGCUAAUGUCAAGCGAUAGUGGGAUGCAAAUGUCACUUGGAUCAUUGGGCAGCGUUAAGAAAGAAGAAGCAAUCGAUAUGUCACCAGAUGGCUUUGGUCCUCUGACGAGUACAAUGCCUGGACCUGGUAUGCCUGGUAUGGUAAACAACAGUGGUUGCGGAUCUGGUGGAAUGAAUAUGGGACAUUCACCGAGUAUGAUGGGAAUAAACAGCUCUGGAGUUCCAUCUUCAGUGGUGUCAAGUAGUGGCAGCGGGAGAGGAUCAAAUAUAAACAGUCUAAGUGAUUUGAGUGGUGGAGGAGGGGGUGGCGCAAAUUCAGGCAAUAUUUUGCCACCAAACAUGAGCGGUGGAAAUCUAGGUAUUCUCGGUGGAAAUGGCGGUUGUGGGAUUGGAGGUAGUGGUGGACCUGGUGGAAAACCACCUACAAGCGGUGGAGGUCCAGGAAGUGGAAAUUCUUCAAUGGAUUAUAUGCAACAACAGAAUCAUAUCUUUGUAUUUUCCACACAAUUGGCUAACAAAGGUGCAGAAUCUGUUCUAAAUGGGCAAUUUCCCACAAUAAUUGCAUAUCAUUGCACCCAGCCGGCGACGAAAAAGUUUCUCGAAGAGUUCUUUCUCAAGAAUCCAAUGAAACUGUCAAAAAUGAAUAGACAAAAUUCAUCUGGUGGUGGUGGACCGAACGGGCCAUGGGGAAAUCCAAAUCAGAAUAAUGGAAAUAUGUUAUCAAAAAUGUCACAACAAAAUAACAAAUCUGGGGGAUCGAAUAAUAACAACAACCAAAGCAACAGUGGAAAUGGUUCGUCAGGAAGUGCAUCAUCAUCAAGUAGUCAGUCAACACCGGCAACAAAUAACAGUAUUGGAAUGGAUGUCAAGCCCCCUGCUGGGUUCCACGAUGAUCCUUUGGCGGGUGAUAAUGAUUUGAUGCCAUGGGAACAGGCAACUGUUCAUUUAGGUCUUGAUGGGAUUUCGAACGGAAGUAAUUCUGUUUCGAAUAAUAAUCGUGGUACGGCAAGUACAGCAGGCGGUUCAGAUCCUAAUGCAAUGGACAGCAGUAGCUCACCGUCAUCAGCUCCACAACAACGAUCGUGUAGUGCUUCAACACCUCUGAGUGUAGGAAUACAACAAAGUCCCAAUAAAAUGUCAUCUGGCGGUCCAACAUCCCCAGAAAGUAUGCAGCCAUCGCUUCAAGGGGUCAAAGUACCGGACGAAAAUCUGACGCCACAACAAAGACAACACCGGGAGGAGCAACUUGCCAAGUUGAAAAAGAUGAAUCAAUUUCUUUUCCCCGAACAAAUGGCUGAUUUUGUUGCGGGGCCUCAUAUGAAUGCUGUUGAUCCUUCGAUUGGAGCACCAACUUCUUCAGGGGGACCAGGUACAGGGGGUCCUGGUAAAAUGAUGGACGUCAAUCAAACGAGUGCCGCUGGAGCUAUGAAUAUGCUAGGAGAACCUUUAUCUAGUGGCGCUGGUGGACCAGGUCAAAUGCCGUCGAACAUGAAUGUCCGAGGUGGUGUUAUGGGUAAUAAUUCGGGUCCACGGGGGCCCAUGAACCGUUCUUCACAUGGCCAAGGAUUAGGUGGUCCUAUGGGACCUAUGGGCGAUGGCUCAAUUAUGGGAGGCGGGGGACCACAUGGUGACAUGGGAGGCAUGCAAUGUGGCAUGAUGAUGUGCAAUCAACCAGGUGGAGGUGGACCCGGAGGUGGUCCCCAGGGCAUGGGCAUGAGUAGCAUGGGUGGCAUGGGCCCAAUGAAUCCUUGCGGCAUGGUGUUAGGAGGCGGUCCUGGUGGAAUGCCGCCAGGCAUGGCGCAAAUGGAGUGGUCAAAACUUCAGCAUCAAUUCUACGAAGAACGCAAAGGAAAAAACCCACAGAGUAUGGAUAUGAUGAGCAGUAAUAUUGGUUUAUGUCGCCAAUUAUCCGCUGGCAAUGGUCCAAUGGGUGGACGUGCUGUUAUGAAUUCCACAGGCGGAGUUCUUAUGCCAUCGAGUGGAGGAGGCAAUUCGAAUAGAUCACAAGGCCCUCCACCUCCAUAUCACCAAACACCGCGUUCAGCGUCUGUGCCGAUUGCGACACAAAGUCCAAAUCCUGGUAGCCCAAAUAAUCCCACCUCAAAUCUUUCACUUCCGUCACCAAGAACUGGUGGUGGUGGAGGAUCAACACUCAACUCACCAGCCGGUGAUUCAGGCUCAAAUAGUGGUGGCGGCGGUGGUGGUUCUGGGCCAAAUGGAAAAUCUCAAAUGCCAUCAUAUAAACAACAAGAUUCUCCGCUUACGCCUGGAGGCAGUAAUACCGGUGGUGGUGGUGUCAAUUCUGGUGGACCAGGAAACUCCUCUGGACAAGGGCAAACAGCUUCGAACUCUGCAAACAAUGCAGGCAAUAAUAACAGUACUAAUUCAGCAAAUAGUAGUCAACAGAAUAACAAUGGAAAUGCAUCUAGAAAUUCAAUGAGUCAUACUAGUAAUCCUAGUACACCAGUUUCAUCACACAUGUCCCCCAAUACAGCACUUAAAGAUAUUGAGUUAAGUGGACCAGGAGGAGGACCAGGAGGAUUAGGAGGACCAGUUGGAAAUAAUAAUGGAAAUCAAGGUAAGGAUAUUGCAGUUAAUUUGAUGCCAGUACCGUCACCACAGCAAAUUCAAUAUCUUAACACAUUCGAAAGCCAAGAAUUAACUAUUCAAAAACAACCCAAUACAACGGUUAUAAGGGAUUCAUCCAAUGCAGUUGGAUUAAUGUUAGCUUCUCCUGGAAAUCAUAGAUCUUGCAACAACAACAAUAAUUCUCCAAACAACUCUAAUUUAGUUAAUCUUUCAUUAUCUGCAUCACCAUCAUCUUUGUGCGGAGGCGGUGGCGAUUCAAGGUAUCCUCAAUCCUCUGGAUCAUCAUCGGUACAUCAUAAUCAUAACAACAAUGGUAGUAAUAAUAGUAAUUACCCGCACAUAACUUCGAGUCCUCAUAAUUCUAUUUCUUCGAUAACGGCUAAUUGUAUUGAAAAGAAUUCCCGUCUCAAUUCAUCAUCAAAUCCAAGUCCGCAAAGUUCUAGAACUCCGAACAUAGGUGAGCCAACAAAUAACCCAUCGAGUAUAGAUUCUCGAUUCACGCCAGUUAGUCCUGCAAUGAACUAUCCUGGAAGUGGUGGCAAUAACAGUGGACAACAUGGUGUAAAUGGUCCCGGCUCAGGUGCUUCAGGGAAUAGUAGUGGAAAUAGUAAUUCAAAUCAAAGCCAACAACACCAACAUCACCAACAGCAGCAACAGCAGCAACAACAGCAACAACAACAACAACAGCAACAACAACAGCAACAACAACAACAACAGCAGCAACAACAACAGCAGCAGCAACAACAGCAGCAGCAGCAAGGUCUUAAAAUGGGUGGAUUUAUGGAUAGCAAAUGUGGUGAACAAUCACCAGCUGGACAAUGUGUUAAUUUUUGCGGCAGAACGGAUAAUUUACCCUUGAAUCCAAACAGUAGUCGACCUCCACCAGUGAAAGCUUCACAUUUCGAUCCGAUAUCAUCGUUGGCCCAAAUGUCCCAACAACUGACUAGCAGUACGACAAAUUCAUUAAAUGGUGGUCCUUCAGGCGGUGGUGGAUCGAGUGGGCCAGGUGGUGGAAGUCUGAUGAGUUCAGGAUUUCCUAGCCAUGCAGAAAUGCAAAUGGGAGGUGGAAUGCCUGGAAGUGCAGGUUCGCAUGGUAUCGAUAGUAUGAUGGGUGGUCCUGGGCCUGACACCAUGGAUCAUUGCGGUAUGGGAGGCUUACCACCCCAUGUACUUGGUGGGCCUGGGGGUCAAUAUGGGGGAAUGCAUGGAGGAGGUAAUGGUGGCCCAGGGGGUGGAUCAAUGGUUGGAAAUCCGAUGAUGUUGGGUGGCCCACCAAUGGGUUCACGGAUGCUUUCCCCAAAAAUGAACGUUGGUAUGGUUGGAUUUCAUGGUGGACAUGGAGGCAUGGGCUUGCCACCACCGCCUCACAGAAUGAUGGGUCGAGCAGGAAUGAGUGGCUGUCCAUAUAAUGGUGCAAAUAUUCAAGUGAAAGCAAGCACCCCUAAUACCAUUCAGUAUCUCCCAGUGAGGCCGCAAGUAAGCAAUACUAAUCCAAGAGUUCCGCCCAGUUUAGAAUUUCUUCAACGUUUUGCAAAUCCUCAAAUGUCUCCAAUGGAUGUGAGUGGAGGAGGACCUAAUGGUCCUGGUCCCGAUGCAAACAAAAUGCAACAACCUGGUGGGCCCGGUCAAGGCAUGAACUUCUACCAAAAUUGUAACCAAAUGAGUGGAGCUGGACCAGGAGGUGGCCCUGGUCCAGGUCCAGGUGGCGGUAUGAAUACUCACAUGGACACAAGUGGUCCUGAUGGAAUGAUGGGACUUGGGGGUCCUCCGGUAGGAAUGGUUGGUGGACCCAAUGGUCCGAUGGGAGGUGGCAUGAACUCACAAAUGAUGCGAGGAAUGCGACCUAUGCGUCAGCCAGGUGGUGGUAAUGGAAUGCUACGCAUGCAAGGUCCCAAUCCGCAUAUGAUUGGAGGUGGUGGUGUUCAUCCGUUUGGCAAUGGCCCACCUAACCUUGACGGUCCAAAUGAUCCAUCAAAUAUUUUUCAAAACAAUCAAUUGUUUGGCGGCCCACCUGGUCCCAAAGGAAGUCCCAUGGGCCAUGGAAACGGUCCAAACGGGGCACCAAAUGGACCUGGACUAGGUGGUAAUUCAUCACCAAUGGGUGGCGGCCCACCUGGUGAUCCAUCACAGUCAAUGCAACCUGGUCCAAUGAAUGGACCAGGUGGACCUGGAUCAAAUCCCGGUGGGCCAAAUGGACCUGGCGGUGGACCUGGUGGUCCUGGUCCAAAUUACAAAUCAUCGCCCUUUUUGGGCCCAUCGACCAAUGAUCUUAAAUACGCUCAACAGUAUCACAAUUUUCAACAACAACUUUACGCUACUUCAACUCGUAGUCAAAUGAAUUCACAACUUGGAGGACAUAAUGGUCCUCCCGGUGGUCAAAACUUACCUGGUAUGCCACCCAAUCAAAAUCCAUCGUUUUUCGUUUCAAAAUAAUUCAAUCUCUGUUUGCCAUGUCAUAUAUAUUUUUUUUUUAUUAUUAUUAUUAUUAUAAAACUUAAAAUCUACGCGCAUCUAUACAUCAAUGUUUGCCGUUGCUGUUAGAAUGUUUGUCUUUGCUUAGACUUGUUUGUUUUAUUACAUAUAUAAUUUUAAUUUUAUUUUAUUUCACGGUGUAAUAUAAGUAAGUCGAUUUAUAUAAGUUAAAUUUUCUUAAAAUAGAAUCAUUUUUUUUAUAAACAACACAAAUUUAUAUGUGUGUUUUAAUAAUGAAGAAAGAUGAAAGGUGUAGUAUAUAUGUAAUGCCUCUUAAUAAAAUAUUACAUCUUUAAUAAUUCUGUAGUACAUUUUCUUUUAGUUAAGGUAAUUAUUUUAGAAUAUAUUCAACAACUUUUAAAGCUUUUCAUUAAUUUUAAUUAAGUAAAAAAAAAAACAAAA